AUGACAGACAACGACGCAACUCGCUCGGCUGAUGACUGCUACAAAGGUCGUGCAGCUGUUCUCAAAGGCUCCUAUAGCGAGCCUUAUUUGAUUGAGAGCAGAACCAUUGCGGGGGAUGUAGGCCCCCUCGAUGUGCUGGUUCACAUCUACUACAGCGGAGUCUGUCACGGAGAUCUGCAUUCCCGCGACGGUGGACCCCCUGCGCCUUCACAGCCACUUCGGCCGCUUGUGGGAGGUCAUGAAGGAGUUGGUGUAGUCGUCGAACUAGGCAUUGCAGCAGGAGAAGUUAGCAACAUCAAAGUCGGGGAUGUUGCUGGACUAGGAUGGCGCCAUUCCUCCUGUGGCAAGUGUAGACUCUGUCUUGAGGGUAAUGAGAACUCUUGCGCGGAUCAGGUCGUUAAUGGAUUGCAAACUGAUGGGACAUUCAGAGAAUACCUUGUUGCGCCAGCACAGCACGUCCUUCGCAUUCCUGACGGCCUCGACCCUGCAUCAGCUGCACCCAUACUGUGCGGCGGGGGAGCCACUGUAGCUGCCCUUCGCAGAGGAGAAGUUUCCGUAGGUAAAUGGGCCGCUAUUAGUGGCACCGCUGGUGGCCUAGGUCAUCUCGCCAUUCAGUAUGCAAAAGCCAUGGGUGCUAACGUGGUCACUAUCGACGGCCCUGAGCCUGAGAAAAGGGAGUUCUGUCUCAACCUCAGUGCAGACAGCUACGUCGAUUUCACCAACGGUGAUGUAGCCUUAGAGGUUUUGAAAGUCUCCAGCGGAGGAGUUCACACGACUCACAUCAUGAAUUCUCAUCCCUCAUCAUAUUUCAAUGCAUUUGCGUAUUCCAGGCCUCGUGGCAAUGUCGUCGCGCUUGCACCUGCCAAACUUGAUUUUCACACUGGGUUGCUGUUCAUGCGCGGGAUUUCGCUACAUGCGCAAACCAACGGCCGGAGGAUAGACAUGUUGGACGCUUUAGAGAUCGCUGCGGCAGGCAAAGUCAGGGUUGUUACAGAGGUAUUGAAGUUGGACGAAGUAAACGUCGCUCUGGAUAGAAUCAAGAUGGCACAAGUGAAGGGGAGACUGGUCCUGUCGAUUUCUUAA